AUGAGGGCAUUGAGAUCAGCAGAAUCCAAGAAAUCAACCCCCACUCUACGAAGCGCAUUCCCUGAAGGUGGUGGUGAAUAUCCAAAUCAAGACGACCUCAAGGAGAUAUCACUAACUUCUAAGGCCAAAUGUCCAGGCGGGAUAAUGGAACGGCGUCCAAAUGCAUACGAAGCACAAAGCAACAAGACAGCUGCUACCACAAGAAGGUUAAAGCAAUCUGAAGACGAAAGGAUCCACCCUCUUCUAAGAAGUAUCAAGCGUCAACAGCUAGCAAUGGAAGAAAUACAAAAAAAGAGCUUCCCUGAGGACGACACGAAGGCAUCAUAUCUUUGGGGAACAUCAUAUCUCCCAACUAACACUUCAAUUAAUUCAGCUCGAAGUCCGAGUCUAACGACUUAUAGCUUAAACACCCAAGACCAAGACUAA